UGACCGUGAUGCGCUUUGCUCACAGUGCGUGAUGUGUUUUUAAAUCGAUUUGUUUUAAAGCGCAGACUGUUGAAGUAACCUCGUAUAACAGCGAAAUAUUUAGUUUAUUUUGAAUUCAGAACUAUACAGAUAAAUAUUUUUUUCUUAUUUAUUAUACUCAUACUGUCAACAAUAGUUAGCAGAGAUCGUUUAUACUUUAAAUCAAUCUCCAGGUUUUUCCCAUAGGAGAGAGAGUAACAGCCAACUAGUCUGUCACGACAGUAAGUCACCGUUUGCGGAUACCGUACAUAUGAAUGGGGUGAGCCGUAAACUGACACCAACCUGUCGUAAAAUUGUCCGCGUCUUCUCUUAUAAAACAAAAAUUUUAUCGUAGUAACUACACACAUAGUUCAUUCAAAAAGGUUUGUUUUGUGUAACGAGCUGUUUCCUCACAAAUGCAGUUCAUUUAGCACACUGAAGCAUCUCCUCCAUAGACAUCCGUUAAAAAAAAAAAAACGGCCUCUAGUUUCCUCGUCAUUAUACCGACUAUUGAAUGUCUAUGGGACCGCCGCGUUAUGUAUUGCUUUGCUAACCUUGUAGGCUCCAUUUGAUUGAAGGGCUAUGGUAGUUAAGUGCGUAACAGUUUCUGAAUUCACGCAUCUCAAUGUGCUUGAUUUAAAAUAUAACUUGGCUUGUUCGAGUGCAUGUCUCCUCUGUAUUUGCAUUUCAUUCGCUCCCACUCUGUUAAAGGAGUUUAAACUGCACAGCAAGGUGCGAAAAUGAUUCCUGCAUUGAAAGGUCUUAGACACUUUUCCACAUCAGCUGUUGUGAGGCAAGCAGUGUCUGAGUUCCGAAUGACUGUCCCGUGGGGAGAGAUGAGAGGUCAGGUUUGGGGUCCUGAUCAUGGUCGUCCGGUCCUGUGCUUGCAUGGUUGGGCUGACAACAGCGGGACUUUUAAUAGACUGAUUCCACUGCUUCCUAAUGACUGGAGAUUUGUAGCCAUUGAUUUUGCAGGUCAUGGUCUCUCCUCGCAUAGGCCUCCUGGAGUCUUUUACACUUUCCCUUUGUAUGUAGCUGAUGUUCGUCGGGUUGUAGAAGCCCUUCAAUGGAAGCGGUUUUCUAUAAUUGGACAUAGUAUGGGGGGCAAUGUGGCAGGCAUGUUUAGUGCGUUGUACCCGGAGAUGGUUGAAGCUGUAGUUCUCUUGGAUUCUUAUGGAUUCCUCCCAACAAACAUGAUUCGCAUGGUUCAAUUAAUAAAAAAAGGAAUGGAUCAACAAGUCCAGUAUGACAAUGAAGCGGAUGAAAGGAAAGAGAAGGUGUACACAUAUGAGAACGCCAAAGAAAGACUGAUGUCAGCAAACCGCUUCCUUUCUGAUCAGUCGGCAGACAUUCUUUUAGAGCGAGCGGUUCGAGAGGUUGACGGAGGGGUGGUGUUCACAAGAGACUUCAGAAUAAAUCUGAGAAACAUUGUGAUGAUUACACUGGAACAGUGCCUUUAUAUGCAAUCUCUAAUCCAAGCCAGAGUGAUGCUACUGCUGGCAGACCAGGGGCUGGAUAAAGUGUUUCCUGUACCUGAUGGAUUCGCAGAUGCCCUUCGGAAAGGCUGGAUGGACCAAAAAGGCACCAUUGUUUGUGUAGAAGGGGACCAUCAUGUUCACCUCAACAAACCAGAGAAUGUGGCUCCACUUAUCACAGAUUUUCUUCAGUCCCACAGUCCUGACCAGACAGAGUGUGACUCGGACUGCAAUCAGCCUGCCAAAUUAUAACACACACAUACUUACAAAGCAUUCAGAGCAUUAACUAAUACUUUUAUCCAAUUAAAUCUUGAAUUCUAUCAUUUUGUUCUCUGUAAUAUUUUAUGAGCACUGAAACUGUAAAUGUAUUUUUCUGACAUUACAAUUUUACAUUUUAUUUAGAAAAAUAUGCUUGAAAAAAGAAAAAAUGAGAUGAGAUAUUCAAUAUUGUAGAUCCAACUUUUACAGAAAUGGCAGAUGUCU